UGUUUCGCGUCAUACUUCGACUUUGACGUUUCUGGAAGCGACUAGAGGACUGGAGAUGUAUUUGUACGUUAUUCCACCUACCGAACUGCCAUGAAUAAUAGUCGGUGGUUGCUCCCGUUCGUCGUUACGUUGCUUAUUCUUGGAGAUCAGAUGCAGAAAAUCCAGGUUCAAUCAUCCUGUAACAGAAGCAGAGAAGAAGCGAGAAUCAAAUGUCGAGCUGAAAUAAAACUGUGUCCGUCAUACAGUGUUCCGCAGUGCCAGCAAUGCGCCUGUGGGGUACCCAACUUGAACAGCAGUAGACAGCAAGAUACGCGCAUAGUUGGGGGAGAGACGGCACCCCAAAAUGCUUACCCGUGGAUGGUUCUCAUCACAGGGAACAACACCCCAUCUUGUGGUGGCGUUCUUAUCAGUGACCAGUACGUUCUGACAGCAGCACAUUGUACGACAACCAGGUAUCGUCAAGAGGAGCUCAAAGUAAUAGUUGGAGAGCACAAUUACUGUGAGCCCGACAACAAGAUUUCUAUUUUCUCAGUCGAGAAGAUGGUAGCGCAUCCUCAGUUCAACCCCGGUGCUUACGCCUAUGACAUUAUGCUCUUGAAGCUAAAUAUGAGACUUACCUUCAACGAGGUUGUAAGGCCCAUCUGUCUCCCGCGAUGGGUUUUAGGAAACUCUGCGUCAAUUCAGCUACCAGAACAAGAAGCGACUGCUCUGGGUUGGGGAAUCUUGACAUACCACUCACCACAGCGAUCGUGCUAUCUCCAGGAGGUUAAGCUGUCCAUCAUCCCCAGGUCGCAAUGCCUUAUGAAGUCAAGAUACACCCCUGAUCAGCUACCCUCCACGUUGUUUUGUGCAGGAGUGCCUCAAGGAGGCAAGGACUCCUGCCAGGGAGACAGUGGAGGCCCACUUCAGGUGAUAAAUAAAGGGGGAAGAUAUGAAAUAAUAGGUAUUAUUUCAAACGGCAUCAGUUGCGCUCACCCACACUACCCUGGAACGUACACUAACGUACCCAUGUUUACAGCAUGGAUCAUCGCCAACACCCAGGAUUCUGUGUAUUGUACCAACUGAAAAAUGUUACACUUUGUGGCAUCACGUUUAUUACAAAUAAUGAAAGAUAAAUCUAAAUCUGCUUCGUGUUCCUACUGAUGAGUAAUUUAAGCUUGUGGACAUUUAUAACAAAUAUACAAUGAACUUUACAAGCAAUCUUGUAAAUAAAUUAAACAAUUUAUUUUGUAUUAUUGAUUCUAUGGAGCGCAGUCCUGGAGAAACUGAUAUUAGCUCAGUUGUUCAAGAUAUUCCUAGUCUUUCAUAGAACCCAAGCGUCCAUCAGUCUUUCUUAUCUGUCCCUUUGUAUGUUUCUUUGUUUAAAUAAAGUUACUAAUUUAAAGUUA